GUCAAAAAUUCUGCACCGCAUUCCAAAAUAGUUUUUCCUGCCGCUUGGUGCAAGUUUUUAUUAUAAAGUAAAAUAAUUCGAUAUUGGAACUCAAAUCCGAACUAAAAUAAUUGCUUGGGAGAUAUGGCGCGAAAAGGUGGAGCACCAGCUGAGGACCUAUCAAAUGUAGAGUUCGAAACUAGCGAAGAUGUUGAAGUCAUACCCAGUUUUAACGCAAUGAAUUUAAAGGAAGAAUUGCUGAGAGGGAUCUAUGCAUAUGGUUUUGAGAAACCAUCGGCUAUACAACAGCGCAGCAUAAAACCAAUCGUCAAAGGUCGUGAUGUUAUUGCUCAAGCCCAAUCAGGCACUGGCAAAACGGCUACCUUUUCAAUAGCAAUUCUGCAGAGUUUGGAUACUUCUUUAAGGGAAACACAAGUGUUAUGCUUAUCACCCACCCGUGAAUUGGCAGUACAAAUACAAAAGGUAAUUUUGGCGUUAGGCGAUUUGAUGAACGUUCAAUGCCAUGUGUGCAUUGGUGGUACUAACCUGGGAGAAGACAUACGAAAAUUAGACUAUGGUCAGCACAUUGUAAGCGGCACUCCUGGAAGAGUUUUUGAUAUGAUCAAGCGCCGUGUAUUGCGUACCAGAGCCAUUAAGAUGUUGGUUUUGGAUGAGGCUGAUGAAAUGUUGAAUAAAGGUUUUAAAGAGCAAAUUUAUGACGUUUAUCGGUAUUUACCGCCAGCCACUCAAGUGGUGCUUAUCUCUGCUACAUUGCCCCACGAAAUAUUGGAAAUGACUUCAAAAUUUAUGACAGAUCCUAUCAGAAUUUUAGUUAAACGCGAUGAAUUGACGUUGGAAGGCAUAAAACAGUUUUUCGUGGCAGUCGAACGUGAGGAAUGGAAAUUUGAUACUCUUUGCGAUUUAUAUGAUACUCUGACAAUAACACAAGCAGUAAUCUUCUGUAAUACUAAACGUAAAGUGGAUUGGUUAACGGAAAAAAUGCGCGAGGCAAAUUUCACCGUAAGUUCUAUGCAUGGCGAUAUGCCGCAAAAGGAACGCGAUGAAAUUAUGAAAGAAUUCCGGGCCGGUCAAUCACGUGUACUAAUUACUACCGAUGUGUGGGCGCGUGGAAUUGAUGUGCAACAGGUUUCACUUGUCAUUAAUUACGAUCUGCCCAAUAAUCGAGAGCUGUACAUUCAUCGUAUUGGGCGUUCGGGUCGUUUCGGACGAAAAGGUGUAGCUAUUAAUUUCGUAAAAUCAGACGACAUACGUAUAUUGCGUGAUAUUGAACAGUACUAUUCUACACAAAUUGAUGAAAUGCCGAUGAAUGUCGCCGAUUUAAUUUAAAUGGAAGCAAUCCCAUUAUUGUAAUAAUGUCGUAAAUUUAAUUUUUAUGCAAUUAAAUAUUUUUUAAAUAAACUUUA